AAACUCCAGAUGAAGCAGACUUAGCAGAGUGACCCCUCUACUUCGUCCACUUCUUCACUCCCAAAUACCCAUGAAAAUAAAAAAGAAGAAAGAAGAAGAGGACGAAACCUAUCUCCUAAAAAAGCACCCAAACCAGUCUCCAAACUAAACCCAUCUCUUAUGUUCUCUUUAUUAUUUCUAAUUAGUACCUCAUUUCUCCAACAAUAAACCCACAAUCAAAAGAAAGGGCAAGAAAAGAAAAAAGAAAAAAAAAAUGUGUUAUGUGGGUAAAGCAACAAAGAUCUUCAUCUUUAUAAUCACAGUGCUGGUGGUGACUGGUCUUCUCUUGGGAUUUGGGCUUCUUCGCCACGCCAUUCACACCAAAUCCCACAAAUGCUCCGGCGAAUCUUGCCACCAGUCGCCGCCGCCGCCGGUUUUCCCCAAUCCCAAUCCCAGCCCUAGCACCACCACCAUCCCCACCCCACCUUCCACUCCUAACCCAAAUUUGGGUUCCAACCCCAACCCACCACCACCGCCGCCGCCGCCGCCGCCAGCUCAACCUACCCCAAACCCUGGCUCAACACCGACUCCACCUCUGCCUUCCCCUCCCCUUCCUCCUCCUCCUCCUCCGCCGCCUCCGGUGGUUGUUACGGCGGCUCCGCCUCCAACUUUCAGCCCUCCGAGCCCAGUGGUCACUCCAGGUCCAGUACAGGCUCAGUUGCUUUGACAGAGGACUAUAUGUCGUUAAUUUUUAUGUCAGAUCCAGACCAGAGUCAAAUUUAUUGGACAACAUUUGUCUCCUCAAAAGAGCAGAGUGUUUUUCGGUGAAUGUUCAAUCCAUUUCUUUUCUUUUAGUUUGCUGUUCUUUCUUUUUCCCUUUCAGUAUGCAGCUGAUGAUGAUGAAGGGUUUUAUUCCCUUCUACUAAGAAAUGUACAUAUUCCUUGUAUUUUUCUCUCCAAACAGACAAGUCUCAUAGGCAUACACAGGAGGAAUCAAAUGCAAAGCCUAAGGCCUCGUUUGGGAA